AUGUCCGAGUUUCAAAAGGAAGAGCUCUCGCUCGAAGAGACCAACAAGCUUCGCAUCUCGCUUGGUCUCAAGCCACUCGUAGCCGAUGAUGCGCCUGCUCCUGCCGCCGCCGCCGACGCUCCUCCCAAGCUAGACGGCGAUGCUCUGGCAUCCAAGAAUUUCCGGGACAAGCAAGAUCGUGAGCGACGCGAGCGAGAGGAUGCCGAGAUCAAGGAGCGUCUAGCCAAGGCGCAGGCAAAGCGCGAUGCCGCACGUCGUCUCAAAGGUCCCACGCUCGGUGAUCUGGAUCAGAACGGAGAAGCUUCGUCGUCCUCGUCCCAAGAUGCGCUCAAAUGGCUCAAAGAGUCCAAGAAGCGUGCAAAGGAGCACGCCGCUCGUAGAGCUCGGGAGCUCGAGGAACAGGAGGCGCGCGAACAGGCGCAGUAUCGAGAGUCCGACCUCGCUGGUCUUCGUGUUGGCCACAACGCCGACGAGUUUGGCGAGGGGGAAGAACGUAUCCUUACGCUGAGGGAUGCCGGUGUCCUUGACGAUGCCGACGACGAACUCAUGGAUGCGGCGCUCGACCAAGCUCAACGCGACGCCAAGAACAUCGAGCGCAAGAAGGGCGCAAAGGAGUACACCGGCCUCGACGACGAAGAGGCGCUAACGGGGCGAAAGCGCGGAGUGUUGGCAAAGUACGACGCCGAUCUUCCGGAAGGACAUCUUGCAACCACCGAAGCCGAGUCUGGCUUCCGUCUUGGCGCCAGCCUCUCCUCCGCUGAUCGGCAAGCAAGACUUCGCCAGGAAGCGGAACAAGCAGCCAAACUCGCCAACAAGCAGCUCCUCUCGCUCGACUACAACAAGAACCAAGAGGUGUCCGACUACUUACAAGAAGGCGACAUCGGAUUCAAAAAGCCAAAGACUAAGAAACGCAAGAAGGCCGCCAAGGUCAAGAUCAGCUUUGACGAUGAUGACGAGGAAAAGGCGGCUGAUCAAGGUGCAGCCACCGCAGACACAAACGACAUCGAGAUGCAAGACACCAAACAAGUGUUGGCCAAGCCACCGCGACGUCAGCAGACGGAUAAUUUUGUCGACGAUGACGAAUUGCAAGCCUCGCUCGCCAAGUCACGGCGUCUAAAAGCCAAAAAGACGUUUAACAAGAUGACGCCCGAGAUGAUUGCCAAGAAUCUGGCCGCACAGCGAGCAGCGGAAGAGGCGGAGCGUGCUUCGGGUGCAGCUACUCCUGUCGUCGCCAAUGGGGACGGCCCAGCGAAUGGCAGUGGCGAGGCUGGCGCUGCACGAGAAGGCCUCACAUUCGACGAGACGAGCGAGUUUGUGCGUGCGAUCAGAGAAAGACCAGCGGAAAGCGAGGUUCCUAGGCGGUCACGUUCUGGCAGGAGAGAGUCUGCGGAUGCGGACCUCACCGCUGCGAAUGACAUCAAGAGAGAAGAUUCGACGGAGGCAGCUGAUGUGCCCAUGCGCGAGCUCAAUUCCUCGACGGUCAAGACCGAGGCCGACGACGACGAUAUCGACCUACAACCUGUCCAGGAAGAACCUGAAGAAGGUGAAGCACUCGAAGCUGCCAUUAAGGUCGAAAGCAAGGACGACAAGAAGCCCGAAGCGCAAGACGACGAUGCGAUCAUCGGCCGCGGAAUGGCAGGCACUCUGUCCUUCCUACGCCAGCAGGGCAUGCUCCCCCAGGUCACUCCCGAACUCAAGUCGCGCGAAGAACAGCAGCGUCAGUACGAUGCCUGGCUCUCUGCUCGACGUCGCGAAGAGCAGGAGCGCGAAGUUGCGCGCCAAGCAUCCAAAGCCUCCGGGUCCUCGGUGGAUCAAGCUACGCGCGAGGCGCAAAACCGCAACCGCGAAUUGGAAGAGGCGCGAUUGGCGCAGGACCGCUUCCGCGACUACAAACCCGAUGUCGAGAUCAAGUAUCACGACGAGUUUGGGCGCGAUCUGGACCAGAAGGAGGCGUGGAAGCAUCUCUCGCACGUCUUCCACGGCAAGAAACCCGGAACAAAAAAGCAGGAGAAGAGGCUCAAGAAGAUCGAAGAUGAGAAGAAAAGGGAGCGGAUGGCGGCGGGCGACACCCCGACGGGAAUGUCAGCGGCGUUCCAGAGCAGGAGCGAGCGUACGGGCAAAGCGCACAUGGUUCUCAGCGUAGGCAGUCGUGGUGCUGCACCGCAGGAGAACGAUCUGCUCGACGGCAAAAGCGCGGGCAUGCAGCUCAAGAAAUCGACGAAACCAGCAAACGCGCAGAAUGGCAAGAGGAAGAAGGCAGACGGCGGUGGUGGUGGCGAGAUGCUUAUGUCUCCACUGCCGAAUGGGGUCGACUCGAGCGGUGCAGCCAGUGUGACGGCGAGUGGCGAGGAAACGGGCACGGCUACGUCGACGAAAGCGGGUGGCGGCGGAUGGGCACGCAUUGGCAGUGCGACGCCGGCGCCUUCGGGUGAUGGAACGCCGGCGGCUGCAGCAGGUGGUGGUGGAGGCGCUGGGUUCAAGCCCGUUGCUGGAUCUGGGUUCAGGAGCGUGUCAGCGGGGUCACCGACAGCAUCGGGGCCAGCAGAGACGGGAGAGGGGCGAGCUACACCGUCGAGUGGGCCCUUCCGUCUAGCGCUGAGCGGUGUCAAACGGAAAGCUGAAGGUCAGUGA